AUGUGGAGCCAUCUCCUUCUCAUCAGCAUCGUGGUCUCCCCCAGCCUUGGACAAUCCCCAGUGUAUUACCUGCUGCUGGUUCCAGCCGAGGUCCAUUAUCCCUCCGUGGAGAAAGCGUGUGUAGAUGUGGUCGGUGCCCAAGAGGACCUGUUGGUCACCAUCACUCUUCAGACGGUGGACCGGGACACCACCCUGUACCAGCAGCGCGUGUCCGGUGCUAAGCUGUUCCACUGCGUCUCCUUCCAGGUCCCUCCGCCAGCGGAUGGCCAGGAAGAAGUUGCGUCGAUUCACAUCUCUCUUAUGGGGUCGUCGACUCACGUCUCGGAGAGCAAAAACAUCCUCAUACGCAACGUGGGCUCAGCGACCGUCAUUCAGACGGAUAAACAUAUUUACAAACCCGGCCAGGACGUGAAUUUCCGGAUCCUGACCGUCGAUCGCGAUUUCCACGCUGUGGAAGACACAUUCCCACUCGUGGAGUUGCAGGAUCCCCAUGGAAACCGUAUCGGCCAGUGGGUGAACCUCAUCCCUCGCCGAGGGAUCAUCGACUUGUCUUAUUCCUUGGAUUCAGAAUCCCCGCUGGGAAUUUAUACAAUCAAAUCGCCCGGCGGCCGGCAGUCAUUCCACGUGGCUGAAUACGAGCUGCCGGCCUUUGAAGUUGCGAUCCUCUUACCCCCGGCAGUUACUAUUUUGGAUGAAACAAUUCAAUUCAAAAUAUGUGGCAGAUACACCAUUGGGAAGCCAGUUCGGGGUACGGUGUAUGCCAGUCUGUGCCGCAGAGUUGUGAAGUAUUACUGGUACCCAGACAGACGCCCCAAGGAUUUAUGUAUAACUCACAGAGGAAGGACGAACAGGACAGGCUGCCUAGACCUGGAAGUGAUGGUUGCCUCAUAUCAGCCGAGGUCCUAUGAUUACGAAAUGAAGUUUGAGGCUGAAGCAUCUCUGGAGGAAGACGGAACAGGAAUACAGAUUAACGUCACAAACAGCUGCCGUUUCACCGGGACGAUCGCCAAAGUGACAAUCGACGAGCUUGAAAUAUCAGAUUCUUAUUAUAAACCCGGACUUCGGUACAAGGGGAAGAUACGGCUGGAGGGCCCCGACGGAUCCCCCAUGAAGUCUAAAAGUUUGUAUCUGAAGGAGGAGUAUAACGGAGCGGAAAAAGAGCGCACGUACGAGACAGACGAACACGGCCAAGCCUGCUUCACCUUGGACACCAAGCUUUGGAACGGACAUCCGGUCAUCCUGACGGCUUCGUACAUGAAGGAAAAGCCGGAAUACGUCUACGGAGAGCUGAACCCUCUCUAUGUGGACUCACAGAUCGUCCUCCGGCCGUUCAGCGAGGUCACUAGGAGCUUCUUAAAAAUCCAGCCGGUGGAGCGGCCCCUGUCUUGUAACCAGGUGCAUCCGAUAGAAAUCGAUUACAUCAUACGGGGCAGCGAACUGAUGGGUCAACAAGACCACGUGGAGCUGCGAUAUACGGUGGUGGCAAAAGGGAACCUUGUUUUGGACGGGAAACUGGGGAUCAACGCCAGCCGGAACUCGGCACGGACGGGCACCAUAGAGCUCCCUCUGAAGGUCACCGCUGAUAUUGCGCCUCAGGCCUACGUCCUGGUUUAUACCAUACUGGAUAACGGUCGAGUAUCCGCUGACACCGAGCGCCUUCCAGUGGAAAAAUGCUUUAAUAACCAGGUCAGCCUGGAGUUCUCGCGGGACGAGGCGUCUCCGGGGUCCAACGUCUCUCUGCGUCUGCAGGCGUCCCCGGGGUCUCUCUGCGCAGUCAGGGCUGUAGACGAUGGUGUCCUUUUCACGAGACCCGAAGCUGAGAUUUCUGGGGACGCUAUUUACGAUCUAAUCGCGCAGAGGAGUCGAUACGGAUACCCAUACCGGGUUCAGGAAGAAGACCCCGUCUGCUGGAAGCCUCACCCCAAAUUCUUUAAACGAUCCCUUCAAAACCUUCGGCGGAGAAAGCGGUUCUUCGAUAUGCCUCAAGCUAGCCCCCCCGACGCGUUCACGCUCAUCAAGAAGCUGGGCUUAAAGAUUCUUACGAACGCCAUCGUGAAGAAGCCGCACGAAUGCCGUUUGUUUCAGUUCAGUGACCUUCCCGUCGGUGACAUCUUUGCCUCCCCAGCGAUAUCUCUGGUGGACGAACCAAAGGAUUUUUCAUAUCAGGUAACGGUUACACUGGCCGAGGCCACAAAGAAAAUCCGGAGACAGUUUCCAGAGACAUGGCUGUGGAGCCUCGUGCCUAUAAAGUCCUCCGGAGAGGCUGUUCUUGACAUAACGACCCCAGACUCCAUCAGCGAGUGGAAGGCCACAAUGUUUUGCGUGGGGGAUGAGGGUCUUGGACUUGCACCCACAGCCUCGCUUGUAGCCUCUCAGCCUUUCUUCAUCACUUUGUCCGCCCCGUAUUCCGUGGUCCGAGGAGAAGAAUUCAGUCUCAGAGCCUCGGUGUUCAACUACCUGAAUGAUACAGUGAUGAUAAAAGCCACGCUGAAGAGCUCUCUGGAGCUGGAGGUGACGCCGUGUCCAGGCUGCAGGUAUACUCGGUGUCUGUCCCCGGACGAGGCCCAAGUGUUUCGCUGGGACGUCAGAGCCGUGCAGCAGGGUUCCGUUCAGGUUGUAGUGGGCGCAGAAGCAGUCGAUACGGAGGAGGUGUGUGCCGGACAGAAAGCAAUGGUGUCGGAUAAUGGACUAUCAGACACGUUAACCAAAAUGCUCAUUGUUAAGUCGGAAGGAAUGCCGGUGGAAACCUCGCAGAAUGUCAUGAUAUGUACCCAGGGAAACUUGUCUUCUGAGAUCAUCUCCAUCAGUUUACCCCUCGACGUCGUGCCGGGCUCUGCAAAAGCGGAAAUGUCUGUAGCGGGAGACCUCUUGGGAACAGCUCUUGAGGGUAUUGAGCACCUCAUCGAUCUCCCGUACGGUUGUGGGGAGCAGAACAUGUUACGAUUUGCCCCUAACGUAUACCUGAUGCAAUACUUAGAAAGAACAAACCGCCUGUCCGAAUCCCUCAGAGCCCGAGCUGAAGGCUACAUGCGGCACGGUUACCAGCGGGAAUUGAAUUAUAAGAGAGCGGACGGUUCGUUCAGUGCUUUUGGGGACAGAGACGAAGAUGGGAACACGUGGCUGAGUGCCUUUGUGCUGAAGAUUUUUUACGCGUCUUCCCGUUAUAUGUUCGUGGAAGAAAAACACCUUCGUGACAUCGCCGGCUGGCUUAAAGAAAACCAGCUGCCGAGCGGGUGCUUCACAGGCAGAGGCAAACUCUUCACGGCGUCUCUAAAGGGGGGUGUUGAUGAUGAAAUCUCGCUUUCUGCGUAUGUCACCGCAGCCCUGUUGGAGAUUCAGUGGCCUAAAGAGGACGAGAUGAUGCAGAACGCCCUGCGGUGCCUGCGCAGCUCGCUGUCACAGGUUGAUGCCACCUAUACGCAGGCUCUUCUGGCCUACACCUUCACCCUGUCUGGGGAUUAUCCGAUAAGAGAUGGUCUCCUGAAAGAAUUGCACAAGAAGGCCGUCCACAAAGGUGGACAGAUCUACUGGGCCGUGAAACCAACGAUCGCAGCAAACGCGUCAUCAUCAUCAUCUUCCAAGCCAAGUUCUUUUGAGGUGGAAUUAGCAUCGUAUGUCACUCUUGCCCACCUCUCAGGGGAGAACCAAACCAAUGAGGACAUCAGCUACGCUUCACAGAUAGUGUCGUGGACAAGCAAACAGCAGAACUCGCACGGGGGGUUUACCAGCAUACAGGACACAGUGGUGGCCCUUCAAGCCUUUUGUCGUUAUGCUGAGCUGACAUCUACUGGGAACGUAGGUGUGGAGGUAACAGUAACUGGAGAUCAUACGUUCCACCAGUUCUGGGUGGAUGAUUCCAAUAAGCUCCUACUACAGAGGAAACCUCUUCAGAAUGUGCCCGGGAACUACACGGUGUUGGCGAAGGGUGAAGGCUGCGUCCACCUACAGACAGCGCUGACGUACAACGUUCAUCCGGCCGACACAAAUCCGCCGUUUGGCAUCCGGCUGGAGCCGAGCGCAGACGAAUGCCAAGAGCCAAGCGCGUCUUGUUUCAGCCUUAAUGUUUGCGCUCAGUACACCGGAUCCCGUCAGGUAACCGACAUGAUCGUGAUCGAGGUAGAACUGCUCUCGGGGUAUAGCGCAGACGCAGAAAGCGUCACACAGCUGGAGAUGCGCAGUUUGGUGAAAAAAAUCGAAACCAAUGUGGAUAAAGUUGUCAUUUACGUCACAGAGCUGUCACACGAAGUAGAGUGCUUCUCCCUCUCGUUCACACAAGACAUCCCGGUGGAGAAUUUGGGCUCCCGGCUGGUGAAGGUUUAUGACUACUACGAACCAGUAGAAGCUCUCGCUGCGUAUAACCUGCCCGAGCAGUGA